AUGAUUUUAGGUCAAGUGUGCUCCGGUAAAACGUCUGAGAUGUCCUUAAAAAAGUCAGGGUUGCUAGUAUGUAAGUUUGCUGAUGGUGAAGACUUUAAUCUCACUUGGCCAGGAGGCCAAACAAAACAGAAUUUAGUCAAAUACAUGGAAAACUCUAUUCGGAAGCGUGGGAGUUUUAGUUUGGAUGAGUUAUUGGAAAUAGAGGUAUCUUAUUUGGAAGAAGAUGGCCAUGUAUCUUGGAAAGCCACAACACUAGAAGAACUUGCUGAAGAUUGUAGAAUUAACAUUGUUCGAGUGGUAAAACAAGGAGAUCCAAGGAAGACUAUGAUAACUGAAAGUGCGUCCAAAAUAAAAGGGUUGAAUGAAAGUAAAAGAUCUUCGAUUAAUCAAGCAAUAUACAUGGAGUCAAUGAGGAGUCAGGAAAAUUCUAAUUCAAAACAAUAUAAGUCUGUUACUAGAGAGGAACUAAAGAUUCACAACAAACAGGAAGACUGCUGGAUAUCCUAUAGAGGCAAAGUAUACGAUAUCACAAAGUACCUUCAGUUCCAUCCUGGUGGUAGGUUUCCUCAAUUUUAA